AUGAGUUCGAAAAGAUUAAAACAAUUCAAGCUGACACUUAAGAUAAAGGUUUAGCUUGAAGCCUAUCUGAAAUUAUUUUAGCAUAUACUGGUAAGAAUAAAUAAAUUUAUAUAAUAAUUAAAUAAAUAAAAGUGUUUAAUUUAAAUUUUAAUUAAAAUUUUUAAUAAUAUUAAAAUAACUAAUGAAUUAGGAUUAAGAAUUAGUUUUUAAAUGAGAAAUGUUUCAUAUAGGUUACUGGAGAAAAGCUAGGUUUAGAUUCUAUAUAUAUAUUUGAAUAAUUAUCAUUAAUUUAUGGAGCAAGAAACGAAGAUAAAAUUAAAUGAAAAUAAAUAACAAUCGAUUUUCAUUUAUUUGAUAUAAUAUAAAAUACAGAUAAAAAUAUCCUAAUAAUCAAAUAGAAAUAAAAAAUAUGGAUUAUGA